UUCAACAAACCGGUUUCGGUUGUAAAGAAUGUGUAAAAGGUGUGUGAUACCAAUUCGCGUAGAGACUCACAAGGCAAAGCAUCAAGUAAACAAACCGAAUUUCUCAACAAAAAGGCAACAGAUUGAUUGCGUGUGCUGUCUUUCUAACUAACAGCAACGACGACUUGAGUUUCACUUUCCAGCAAGUGAAGUUGACGCAGAGCGUUGAAGAAAAUUUAAAGUAAACUGGCACAAAGAGCUUAUGCUAAAAGUAUAAUUUCUUGAGUUAAUCCUUAACUUUUAGGCGAAAAAAAAUAUAUAUAGUGCAAAAUGUGGAAACGUAUAUCUAUCCAAACAGGCCUCCUACAUGUUGGCAGAGGCAAAAAUCAGUUCCGCUUGCGCUCUUUGGCACCUGCUUUCACUUUAACUUUUACACAACCCAAUUUACGUGCAUUAACGUCAACGUCAGCAGCGAAGCCAACGCCUCCGAAACAUGACUGGAAUCGUGCUGUCAGCGAGGCAGAACGUAUUGUAGGCUACCCCACCUCAUUCCUCAGUUUACGAUGGCUUUUGAGUGAUGAAAUCGCUAAUGUAGCUUUACAUCUGCGGAAACUAGUGGGUAGCAAUCAUCCUCUACUUAAGACGGCAAAGCAUUUACUUUAUAAUGGUAAAAACACAAUGCAAGCCUGGGGCCUAAUUGUGCUUUUGAUAUCAAAGGCCGCUGGUCAUGCACCUUCAGUACCAGAUAUGGAGCAAGAUAAAAGCGCCGGAGUGCUGCAUUCCCAACGCGCUUUGGCUGAAGUCACAGAAAUGAUUCGAAUCUCCCAUUUAGUGCACAAUAGCUUGGUAAAUUUGCAACCAUCAUCAGAGGCGGGGAAGGAUACAGCCUCUUAUGAAGACAUGGCAUUUGGUAACAAAAUCGGUUUACUCACUGGGGACUAUCUACUUGGUCACUCAAGCGCUGAAUUAGCUAACCUACGCAAUCAAGAAGUGGUGGAGUUAAUUUCCUCCGCAGUUCGUGAUUUUUCGGAGUCGCAAUUCAUUGGAGAGCGUGACGAACAAAAUAAUCCAUUACCAAAAAAACCUGGAACUGAAACACCUAAAGCCAAUGGCACAACAACAACAGAAAGCAUAGAUUUCGACGUGAAUGAUGUUAUGAUACCUAUGAAUAUCUCUAAAGUUAUGGGCAUUCCAGAAAAGGAAUGGGAAUGUCGAAAUAUAUUAAACGCAGGCAGUCUGCUUGGUAAAGCAUGUCAGGGUGCUCUAAAAUUGGCCGGGCAAAGCGAAGAUAUGCAACGACAAGCAUAUCUUUUUGGCAAGCAUUUGUCGUUGGCAUGGCAGGCAUGUUUAGAUGCCGAGCCCUUUCAGAGUAGUACACUACCGAUGGAUACCACAUUUAGUCUGGUAAGCGCGCCAGUUCUAUUUCAACUUGAAUACGACCCUUCACUGUAUGAUGAAAUUGAAAAAGGGCGAGUAUCAGUAGAAAAUAUCGACUACACCAAGAUACACAAAUCAAUUCUAGCUGGGCCCGGUCUGGAAAAGACCAAAGCUUUACAGCGCAAACAUACGACGGCAGCAAUGGAAGUGUUAAAAAAAUUCCCUCCUACUGAUGCACGCACAGCUUUGGAAAACAUUAUUCUAGCAAUGCAGGACUUGUAAUUAGAGAUAAAAAUGCACAAAACAAUUUGACCGAUAACAAAUAAAGUCGGAUAUUUAGUUUUUGUACUAUCUUAUAUAAUAUUUAUUUAACCUCUUCGGUUAUUGACUCAUUACAAUUGUUGUUUUUUUACUCUAUGUUAAGCAAAUAUAUACUUAAUUUUCUA